AUGCUGAUCCACGUGCAGCACAUCGCUUAUACUGGCUGUCCCCAGCAGACUUCCCUGCAGGCAGUCCUCUGGGACCCCAGGGGCUGUUGUGGCCUGACGGGACUGGAGGAAGAGCAGGUCUCCAUUUGCCAGCAGCAGGUGGAAGCCAUGGAGGCGGUGAAGCCAUGGAGGCGGUGAAGUGGCGUGGAUCUGGCUGUCCUCGAGUGCCAGCGCCAGUUUCACUGGAACUGCUCCACCCUGCAGGGGCUGCAGCUCUUUGGCAAGGCCAUCAUCCAAGAGGAGCAGCUGCAUGGGGUGAACUUCCUGACAUAUAUUUCUCCCGAGCAGUCUCCAUCUGAAGGCACCCUUCCUGCAUGCAGUGACAGCCUCUUUUCCCACACUCCGCCCAUCAGUGCCUUUGCCCUCCGCAGACUGGUGCUAUUGCUUGUCCCACUGCAGGCACACGGGAGUCCCCUUACAUCCAGCGCUGCCGGCACUGCUUUUGCUGUAAGCCGUGCCUGCAGCCGGGGGGAGCUGCACAGGGAUCACAUCAUCCCCCAUGAUUGUGGCUGCGACCCCAGGGUCCGAGGAGUCAGGCCUGAAGGUGAAGGAAGAAGGGGGUGCUCUGAUAACCUGUGUUAUGGGACUGCCUUCUCUCAGGCCUUCGUGGGCAGCCCUGAGAGGAGCCGUGGUGUCUCCUCCAGCCGGGCGCUCAACAAUGAGGCAGGGGGGAGGGUGGCUCUCCUCCACAUGAAGGUGAAGUAAUGCCAUGGCGUGUGGGGCUCCUGCCAGGUGCCAGCCUGAUGGAAGCUCCUGCCUCCCUUCCGCCACGUGGGCAGCGUCCUCAAGGAAAAGCCUGAGGGGACAGCAGAGGUUUUCCCAAAGCGGGUGGGUUCCCGCCAGCUCCUGGUGCCCGGGAGCUCUCGCUUCAAGCCCUGCACCGUUCACGGCCUGCUCCACCUGCGGGCCAGCCCGGACUUGUGCGAGCGGGACCCGGGGCACGGCACCCUCGGCACCUCGGGCCCACAGUGCGAGGGGACAUGGCCGGCCAGGGACGGCGGCGCAGGGCCGGCCCGGGCCGAGGUGCGGGAGCGCUGCAGCUAGUUCCGCUGCUGCUGCCCCGUCAAGUGCAGGCAGGGCCGGCAGCCCGGGGAAGUGCCCCGGUGA